AUGGGAGAAAACUUUGUGAUGAAAGCCGAUGACCUGGAGCAGAUUGACGAGCUGGGAAGAGGGGCGUACGGUGUGGUGGACAAGAUGAGGCACAUGCCCAGUGGCUUGAUCAUGGCAGUGAAGGGUGACGUGUGGAUCUGUAUGGAGCUGAUGGACACUUCUCUGGAUAAAUUCUACAAGACAUACUUGGAAAAAUGGCAGUCGGUAGUGAAGGAUCUGGAACAUCUGCGCAGUAAUCUGUCAGUGAUCCACCGAGAUGUGAAGCCAUCGAACGUAUUGAUCAACACACAGGGCCAGGUGAAGAUGUGUGACUUUGGGAUCAGCGCUUACCUGGUGGACUCCGUGGCCAAGACCAUGGAUGCCGGCUGCAAGCCCUACAUGGCGCCGGAGAGGAUCAAUCCAGAGACGAGUCAGAAAGGCUACAACGUCAAGUCUGACAUCUGGAGUUUAGGAAUCACUAUGAUUGAGCUGGCCAUCUUGCGGUUUCCCUAUGACUCGUGGGGCACACCCUUCCAGCAGCUGAAGCAGGUGGUGGAGGAACCAUCACCCCAGCUCCCUGUUGACCAGUUCUCCCCUGAAUUUGUUGACUUCACCUCCCUGUGCUUAAAGAAAAAUUCAAAAGAGCGGCCAAACUACCCAGAACUCAUGCAACAUCCCUUCUUCAUCUCCCAUGAAUCGAAAGAGACUGACGUGGCUAGCUUUGUCAAGGUCAUCCUCGGGGACUGAUGAGCCCCACGCCCUGAUCUAAGACAACGCUCUGACCAAUUGCCACAGGGGGAGGUGGACCUACAAAAAAAAGCACCAAUCGCAAACCAUGUUACCUGCGGGACCCCACUGCCUCCCCAGUCCCCGACCCCUCCCUCUGGGCCAGUAGAGGAACUCAGAGGAGAUGAAUAAGGAGAAUGAUAUCAUAUUGGAGGAAUGAGGAGUUAGCCUUAAGGCUUCAAGGCCCUCAUAUUAGAUAUGGGCAGGGGGGGCAACGUGGAAAUUACUGUCAUUUUGAGGAUUGGAGGGCCGGCCCAUGUGAAAUCUGGAUUAAUUUAAAUAUAUGAUGAUAUUUGUAUGAAAUGCGACUCCCCCCGACCUCUAAUUUUGUCCCACUCUUGUUACUGUACUAGACCCACUGCUUAAACAGUGAUUUGGCAGUUCGAUGUUAGUGAAUUUAGCAACAUGUGGAUUAUGCCCUGUCCUAUUGGUCAAUCCCUAAGAUAUUUUUAAACCUGGUGUGAAAACAUAAAACUGAGUUUUAAAAUCAAAUAAGUGAUAUGAAUAUAUCUACUGUAUGUAUAAUCUAAAUGUUUGUAUUAUACUCAAAGCAAGUUG